CCUAGGGAAAAUAGAAUUGAAGAAGUGUUUGAACCUUGGGAAAAGGGUAUGGGUAAAUCUGCUUAUAAUUCAUCUUGACUUUACCUUUAGAUAUCUGAACUUCCUUCAAAUGAGUAUGUAGCAUGAACAGAAACUGUUCCUGACUAUCCAGUGUUCAUCAAAAAUGAACAAUCAAAAUCAAAGAGCAGCUCUGGGGUAUGGGAGGAGUUAGGGUCUGGCCCUGCCCUAGACCUCUCCGUGUCCAAUUUCUCUGUGUCAGCUGUGCUGUUCAGCUGUCCACUUUCCUCCAGCCCUGUCAUUUCAGCUCUGACACCUAGCUGAGAGUUUAAGGCCUACAGUACGUCUGGGUGGCUGGUACUGUGGACUGAUUUAGGGAAUCUUAAAUGUAAGUUGCCUCUUCAUCAUCCUUCCAUUUCCAGGACUGCACCCCAGCUUUCCUAAUACAUAAUCUCUUCAGCUUCUUCAUUUUGCUCCUUGUCUGAUGACAGAAAAGGAGGUGUUGGAGUCUUCUAAACCCUCCCUGCCAGCAGAGGCUUCGCAAAGUGGGCUACAGCGACUAAAGCAGUUGUUCAGGAAGGGAUCUCCAGACACAAAAGAGAUGGAACUUCCCCCAGAGCCCCAGGCCAAUGGUGAGGCAGUAGGAGCUGGGGGUGGGCCCAUCUACUAUAUUUAUGAGGAAGAAGAAGAGGAGGAGGAAGAGGAGGAGCCACCCCCAGAACCUCCUAAGCUUGUCAAUGACAAACCCCACAAAUUCAAAGAUCAUUUCUUCAAGAAGCCAAAGUUCUGUGAUGUCUGUGCCCGGAUGAUUGUGCUCAAUAACAAAUUUGGACUCCGCUGUAAGAACUGCAAAACCAACAUUCAUGAACACUGUCAGUCCUAUGUGGAGAUGCAAAGAUGCUUCGGCAAGAUCCCACCUGGUUUUCAUCGGGCCUAUAGCUCCCCACUGUACAGCAACCAGCAGUAUGCUUGUGUCAAAGAUCUCUCUGCUGCCAAUCGAAAUGACCCUGUGUUUGAAACCCUGCGCACUGGGGUGAUCAUGGCAAACAAGGAACGGAAGAAGGGACAGGCAGAUAAGAAAAAUUCUCUAGCAGCCAUGAUGGAGGAGGAGCCAGAGUCAGCCAAGCCAGAGGAAGGCAAAGCCCAGGAUGGAAACCCUGAAGGGAACAAGAAGGCUGAAAAGAAGACCCCUGAUGACAAACACAAGCAACCUGGCUUCCAGCAGUCUCAUUAUUUUGUGGCUCUCUAUCGGUUCAAAGCCCUGGAGAAGGACGAUCUGGAUUUCCCGCCAGGAGAAAAGAUCACAGUCAUUGAUGAUUCCAAUGAGGAGUGGUGGCGGGGGAAGAUUGGGGAGAAGGUUGGAUUUUUCCCACCAAACUUCAUCAUUCGGGUCCGGGCUGGAGAACGGGUGCACCGUGUAACAAGAUCCUUCGUGGGGAAUCGUGAAAUAGGGCAGAUCACUCUCAAGAAGGACCAGAUCGUGGUGCAGAAAGGAGAUGAAGCUGGCGGCUACGUCAAAGUCUACACCGGCCGCAAGGUGGGGCUGUUCCCCACCGACUUCCUGGAGGAGAUUUAGGUGUGCGAGUAACCUGCAGGCAGGAGACACCCAUCCCCAUUCUGGGCAGGCCCAGUGUAGGUUGGGGAGGAAAGGGGCGAAAGCAACUAGACUGCUGCUUGGGGAAGGCCUGCCAAAGCAAGACGGAGUUUCUGGGAAGGGACUGGUUCCCGCCUCCUCCGGGCCUAGGGCCUCGGUUACCUGGUGCCCAGAGCAGCCUUCACCUGCAACCCCUCGAGCACAGCCUGCAAUAGCUGGAAAAUAAAUGCUUCUCCAGCAAGAGGCACCGACGGUUGUCUCGGGGACAAACUGUCGAAUGUUGCAAAUUUAUUAAAGUUUUGACAAAAAUAUUAAACUUUGUUAUUUCACUGGGGACCAAAAGAAAGCUUUGCAGGGGAGUGAAGAAUGCUUUCCAGCUGUCCCACCUUACUAUUAUCGGGUAACCCACCUGGCUAGACCACUGCAAGCAGAGAAGAACAACGAACCGGACUGGAGUCGCCACCCAGCUGCCCCUGUGCCUGGUGUGCCUGGGAGCAAGGAUCUAGUAACAGAGUAGAUCCCUCUAGCUCUUGCUGGCUAUUUAGCGGCCCACUGACCCUUUCGUUUCAGAACUUGGCUCAGCGCCGAGCUGGGCCGCCAGGGGGCGGUGCAAGAUCUCAGUUGGAGAUCGAGGAACGGGCAGGGGCGGGAGGAGAGUGGAUAAGGGAAGAGAACUAGAGACACCAAGCCCGAGACCCUAGGCCUAGGAGGGGGGUGGGGUGCGUGCCAUCUCCAUGGCAACACUUCCUCAAGGCCUCGGGGAACAGAGCUAUCGAGGCCGGGGGGCGGGAGUUAGUCCCUCCAGCGCGGCCCCUGCCCCAGCCCUUUCCGACAGGUACCCAGUGAGAGGACGCUGGGCCGACUGUUAACCGGCUCUGGUGGGGAGGCCCCCUGCGGUGCAUCGUAUGCAAAUGUUGUUAUUUGCAUAUGCGAAUAUGCAAAUACGCCGGCCCUGGUCAGGGCAGCAGGUGGCGAGGAGAGAGAAGGUAUGGGGAAACGAGCAGAAGGAGACGAGGAGUUUGGGGACCUGGGAACAGACCAGUGAGAGACAGUCUGGGGUGGUUGCUGGAGUGGGGCAGGCAGAGGGUCUUGAGCUUGAUAAUGGGUGGGGGAGGGUCAGCCUGGCCAGCUAGAGCUCCUAUUCCUGCCUCCCCGUUGUCUACCAGGACUGAGGUUGGCAUCGCCUAGCAAGGUUGGCAGCAGGAGCCCGGGCACCAUCUGCUGCUGGCGGGGGAGGGCAGAGGCUCAGCUGGGCUAGGGAAGAGGAGGGCCCCGGGACAGGCGCGCUCCCCCACCCCUUUCUUACCGAAGGCCGAGAUGUGAAGAGGGGGUAGGGAAGCACACAAGAUUACUCGCGGCAGAACCCGGUUCAGUUUCUUGUUCCCUUUGCCCUUGACUGUCCCAAAUGCCUGGGGGCAUUCUCGGGUUCAUACAGGAAGAUUCAGGUAGCUCUCCUUUAAUCACGAUCAUGGACACAUGCACACAUUCCAGUCAUGAAAGUCAACAUAGUUUUGGCCCCCAUUUUUCUUCUGAAUCACCUACCUUGAAGGUAUGCAAGGAGGGACAGCUGAGGGCUUGGACUGUUCCUAUUCAUCAAAUGAUCUGAAGAACUCAAAACUGGAGUCCCUUCCCCAAGAUCUUGGAGACCCUCCCCAAACACAAUGCUGAAAUAAAGCCAAUUUACUGGCUCAUUGGGUGGCGACGCUGGUGUGGGGGUGUCGAGGAGCGGGGAGAGCGGCUGUUCUUCCCCUACACUGGGGGGGGGGAUGCCCCCUCCCUAGCCUUACCCAGCCAGCAGCUGUCCCUAAUUAGAGUGGAGGUUUAAUUGGAUUUAUCAGCAGUUAAUAGGAAAUUAAGCAAAAGGCCCAAGAGAAGAGGGGCGGGAGGAACGGGGAGACAGGCUGUGCUGAGCUCAAAGGAGGGGUGCUAGGGCUCCAGCUGUGGGAACACAGGACACAGUGUCAUGAUGGAGCCCCCUGGUCAUGCCCUUUCUCUCAGUACUCUUCAAACUAGUGGAGCCCUGGCUUUUAGACUGGGAAGCAAAUCCCAGGAGACAGCUGCAGGCAUGACAGCAGCCAUAUUUGAGUCCCCCACUGCCUCCCACUCCCACAAGCAGCCGCCUGGGUGAUGGAUGAUGCAGCUGCACACCACAAAGGUCAUAAGUCUAGGCCAAGGAGCAGACUGAAUUGAAAAUAGAUCAGAGAAAAGGCUGGGGUACUAGGGUCCAGGACUCAACUUGCAUCCCACUCCUCCAAAGUCUACUCCAUUAUUAAAAAAAAAAAAUUUGUGAUGUGGUGGCCAAUGCCUGUCAUCCCCCUACCUCCCUCCCCCUUGGGAGGCUGGAACAGGAGAAGGGAGAGUUUGAGGCCAGCCUUGCCACACUAGGAGACUAUCUCAAAAGGAGGAGGGGGAAGCUCCUUGAAGUCCAAAGACUGAGCAGCAUGGAAAAUGAGGUGGGAUAUGGAACUAUCCUUUCUUCAACUCUUAUCUUGCAAGCCAGUUUAAUAUUCUGAGAAUUUCUCAGCAACCAGUGCCACCAAUGUGCCACCCCUUUGGCUCCUUCUCUCCCAAAAAGCUCAAGCUGGGGCCCCCAGCAACCCUGGAAUUGUAGCCCCAGCGUCGCAAGGUCCACACCACUGCAGAAGGGAAGGGAGCCUGCAGGCAGUCAAGGGAGACCUCAGGCCUGAGUCCACAGCCCCAGGCGCUUCCGCCACUGCCUCCUCCUUGUUAUACUGCUAGGUUAACAAGGCUUACUCAGAGAGUCUUGGUGACCUCUCAGCCACCUCCACCUGGGGGGUGGGCACAGAUAGCAGAUCCUGCAUGAGUGGAAAGCCUGAGAUGAAUGUGUCUAGUGGGGAUCUAUACCCCUGAUUUGUGAUGGGUUUGUGCAUUGGGAGUGUGAGAUGUACUGAACCCCAGGCGUAGUUUAUGCCUUUUCUAUUACUAUAUAUCUGUGCCCCUGAACCUAUUCGUAUUGUGGAGUUUGUCCACUUGCCACCCACACUGAUCUCCGCAAUUUCUGUCGAAACCUCAGGAUGUCUAGGUGUCUGGAUGUUCUUGCUGCUUUGGCAUGUGUCUGUGCUCUGGUCACGCCUGGGUGUGCCCCAUUCAGGCAUCUCCAAGUAUCUGUCUCCAGGAGAGCUGCUUGUGUGUGUGUGUGUGUGUGUGUGUGUGUGUGUGUGUGUGUAGCUCUGGCGUCUCCACCAGCAGGUGUGUAUCUUGGUGACAGUGCGUGGGUGUGUGCCUGGGUGUGAGCCACACAGUGGCGUGUACCCGAAUGACAGUGUGGCACGCACCCAUGUGUGUGCAUCUCAGUGUGUGUGCAGUCUCGGUGUGUGUGUGAGUGUGCGCGUGCUCUUGCUUUCGUUAGCAUGCUCGAGUGGGAGUGUCUGGGUGAGUCUCCCGCCCCCCUCCCCAAUUUCUAUUCCUCUCUCCUCUCCUGGCCGGCUCAGCUCCACCGUCCGCAUCCUCUCCAUCCAUUAUUGAAGAAACAGCCGCGUCUGCUCCAAUCACAUCAACACCCCUACCUGCUUCCAGUUCCUCUCGCCCCAUGGCCCCUUCUGUGCUGGAGAGUGGGAAAGCCCGGGCUCAGCUGGGGUGCCAGGCGGGAGAGGACUCAUGACCCCCGUGCCCCAAACUGGGCCAGGCACUGGGACCCUGGGGUCCCUGGUGGAGAGCAUUUUGCAUAAACAGAUGGCACGGGUGUCUUUGUCUCUUUCGUUUGCUCGCUUGCGCACUUGCACUGCUUCGAGGCUCCCAGCUCUGCUUCAGUCUGGCUGAUGCAAUCAUGAUCAUCUCACAGAGCCUCGGGACCUGGAGCCCUUAAUAGUGGCGGAGGGGGUCAGAGGCCCUGGGGCUCCUGAGCAGAUGCUGGGCACUGUGCUUCCCUCCCUCCAGGUGUCCCACUCAUAGCCCACAGCUGAGGCAGCGGUAAGACUGAGGCUGUGCUGAGAAGAUGGACAUGUGGAGGUGACCAGGAAGUGGACCUUGAGCAGUACCACAAGGUGUCCUUAGGCGGUCCAGUUGGGCUGGUGCAGCCCCCAGGGGCAGCAAGUCAAAAUAGGAAUAGAGCUGAAGAAUGAGGGGGUAAGCAGUAGGGGAGACAGAGAAAGGAGUUUCCAAAGACAGGCAGGGAGGCAGAGAUGGAAAGAUAGAAACAGAUACUGGACAAAGCAAAGUAGAGACAGCAGAAGAGAGACAGAUGCAGCCAGAAUACAAUGUAGGCAUACUUUAAAAAGACAGAGCCUGAAGAAGAGGCAAAAAAGGGGCAGUCAAAGGCAAAGGCAGGCCAGGUCAAAGGGCAGAGUGCAGUCUCCGGACCUACAGCCUCAAAGCGGGAUGGAGCUGCCGAAGGCAUCGGAGGCCAGCCUGGAGAGAGGGACCAGCCUGAACCUGAGGUGAUGCUGACAGCUGUCAAGGCGGAAUUUUCUGCGUCGCCUCUUCACCUUCUGGCCCCACCUCACAACUGACGAAUGGAGACUGAGGGACCCCAUUGCCUCAGUGGCGGGAGUAGCCAGAGUGGCCAGGCAGGAGGGAAUCUCCAUGCCAGGCGCAGACUUCCCUGAAAGAACGCUGGGAGUAUAGGGCCGACGCCUCCCCGAAAGGGGGAGCCCAAGGCCUCUUCCCGAGUUUAGGAGCCGCUCGGCCUCCAGGGGGCACCCAUGCCCAUGGCCUUUGUGGCCACCGCUUGCCUCCUUGACAAGUCCAGCUGCAUUUGGCUGCGACGCCACAUCCAGCGUUAGAAUCCUGGUACGGUUUAGAUUUCACAGUGUAGUCUCGGCGGGAGCCCCGGCCGCGCAGAAUCCGUUAACCCACUGGACCCACCUCACACCUGAAGAAUGGUCCUAAUCGUUAUGGUAGGAAAGUCCAAAGAAGGGAGAAAUGGGAUCCGGAACCCAAUGAGUUCUACAUUCCAGCUGGACCUCAGGGCCCAAGAUCUAGGGAUGGGAAGGGAACUUAGAAGGUCAAAAACUUGGGCCAGAAGGUAGUAAAGGGUCAAGGAAUCGUUGGGAAGAAACAGAAAAAUAUAACUUUGGAGCUCAGAGAGCAGGCCCAGGGAAGGAAGAGUAGUAGUUCUGCGACAGAAGCAGGAUGGAGGAUCUGGGUGGGCCAGGUGCAGUUCACUAGAACGCAGAAGAAGGGAGGAAGAAGUGACAAGCAACCCAGAGCCAAAGGGCGUGGCCCCAGGGCCAGGCCUCCCUCCCUGCCCUGUUUCCACAGCUGUGCCACAGAGUACCAGAUGUGCAGCCCAGCUGGGCGCCUGCUCAAGCUUCGAGCUCUGGGACUGAUUUUAAGUACCAGAGAUUGGAGGGCUGGGGGCACGGCGACAGGACACCCCCUCCAAGGCCCAGCUUGGAUGUGCAGGCGCUCAGGCAGGGCUCUGCGCUGCUUGAAGCUCUGACAUCCUGUCAGCCCUCCUCCUCCACCGCCCCACACACACAUCGCAGUGAGUCUCUGUCUCUUUGUUCUCACUGUGUCUCUGACACUUUAUCUCAUUAUCCGCCUAAAGGAGGCGGAGAGCUGGGGACCCCGCAGCCUAAUUACAGCCAGCUUGUCAGCAUAAGGGGUGGGGGAGGUAACAGGGUGCGAGAAAAGGAGGGGGCCCAUAGGAGUGGCCUUCUCCCUCCCUGUGCCCCCAGGGGCCCAGCAGUGGGUGCCUAGCUCACCCCUGCUGCCCAUACAGUGGGCUCUGGCAGAUCCAGGGCAGAGAUGGGAGGGGUGGUGAAUAUUAGCAUGGGAGAGGAGACAAGGGCUGGGCUCCUGCAUCUCCAAGACCCCAAAUCCCCAGACAAGAGUAGGGAGCCUUCCCACCCUGGCAGGCCAGCAUAUACCUGAACUGGCUGAGGAACCAAGUAAUAGCUCCUCAGUUGUGUCUCUGCGUGUUCUUCCUACCUCAGCAUCUUUUCUAUCUUUGACUAUUCCUUCAUUCCAUUCUCUUCCCUGGUUCCACAGCCAGAGUGGGCCCUCCAAGGCAGACCCCCACGUUUACUACCACUUCAAGCAGGAAAGCACUUCCAGCCUCUUUCUCCACCAAAUGCCCAAAACUCAUGUCUCUAUCCCGUGUCCUGGUCAGAUACAUCUGGUUUCUCCAGCCUCAAGUCACUAUUCCUUCAGAGCAACCACAAUUUGGAGAACCCACCCAAAUCCAUGGGGGUGCUGGGUAUGUUUAGUGAGAUCACCUGUCCCUUCCUCCCACCCACCAUGGACUCAAAGAACCAGGGUUCUCAGGACCUUGUAGCUCCUGGGUAGUUCCAAGAGUAUCGGGAAGAGGCUGCAGUUGCCCUUACUGCCCCAGGCCUUCCUUUGAACACUCCACAUACGUGCAUUUUGCUAGAGAUCUAUCUGCUUGCCUGUUCCACAUCUGGAUUCCCUUUCAGUUAGUCUCUGAAUACUUGAGUUCCCUCCCUCAAACACCCAAAACCCUAGAUAUGAUGAAGUCCCAUGAGCCAGGGUGCAGGUGUCUGGAGGAGAGUAGGGGUACAGAAAUCUCCAGUUUCCGCCAACAAUUUAUUUGCUUGGGGCCUGGAAUUGUCAAAGAAGCAAACUGAGAAGGGUGGGGUGAGUCUGGAGAGGCCUGUGCUGUGCUGGGCUGGGCUGGGCUAGGCUGACCCCUCCCCAUUGGGGGGCGGGAUCCCAGGAAGAGGGAUACAGCAGAGGCACUAGAGAGGACCAGACACUGGGAAGGAGAAAUGGCAGGAACCAGCCUCGGAGCCCGUGUCUAUCGGCAGAUCAAAAAACAUCCUGGGCUGGGACAGAAAGAACAACCCAGAACCCUGGAAUCGCUUGAGCCCCAAUGACCAAUAUAAGUUCCUUGCAGUUUCCACUGAUUAUAAGAAGCUGAAGAAGGACCGGCCAGACUUCUAAACCAGGCUGGGCUGCUAGUUCGAUGAAAACCAUGAAUUGACUUCUUCCACUGCUCCCUCUCAGACUGCAGGGUGUCAGUCUGAGAUCUUGUCUAGCUCUUGCUUACACAGGCCAGGUUCCCACGGAAGAGGGGAGGCAGCUCUACCCUUACCCCCCUCUCUUGAUCCCAGCAGCGGAAGCAACUCUGACCCUUGGCCUCAGUCCCAUGUGGGGGAAGGGAGUCAGGACAGCCAGCAGCUGCUGGGUCCUUGGCCCCAAAGGCCCAAACCAGCCCCUCUACUCAGUUCCCCUCACUUGCAGGGUGUGGCACAGAAUAAGUGUUGAGCGUGGCCUACGUGAGCCAAGAGCAAGCAGGGGCCUCUGAGUGCCAAGUGAGGACGUGGCAGGCCCGUCUGCCUGAACUCUGAGAGUGCCAGGCCUGGGGUGGCGCUGUUCAGGCUUGACUCUGGCUGCCGAGCCUGCCCAGAUGGGACACCCAUGCCAAGCAGCAGCUCCUCCUAUGCCCAAGCCCACUGCCUCCCCCACCCAUAGCAUAGAGCACCUGGGCCUCCCUGUGUCGCUCCCCACCUCUCCCCUCCCUUGCUCCCCUCAGUCCCCUGGGAUCAAACAGAAGCAGCCGUGGGCAAAAUACAAUUUCAUUUAACAAAUUGAA